AUGGUCACACAUCCAGAGACGAUGAUCGAUGACUUUAAGGCUGCAGGUGCCAGUGGUAUUACAUUCCAUCUCGAAGCCACUGAGCGUGCCGAUGGCUCGAUCACUGCCAACGUCAUCCAGCGCAUCAAGCAGGCCGGUAUGAAGUGUGGCAUCAGUCUGAAGCCCAAGACGCCAGUCGAGCUGCUCUUCCCAUUCCUCGACCAGAUCGACUUUGUCCUCAUCAUGACUGUUGAGCCGGGCUUUGGCGGCCAGGCAUUCAUGGGCGACAUGAUGCCCAAGGUAGAGACACUGCGAAAGCGCUGUCCAAAUAUGGACAUCCAGGUGGAUGGAGGUCUGGACCCAGUCACCAUUGACGCCGCCGCCAAGGCUGGAGCCAACGUCAUCGUCGCUGGUUCUUCACUCUUCAAGCCAGGUCAGAACCCAAAGGAAACAAUGCAACUGUUUAGAGAUACCAUCAACAAGUAUAAGGUCAACUGGUAG